AUGCUGCGCGUGUCUGCACGCCGGCGCAUUGCGUUCCCGGUACACCGCGACACCGCCAAGACGCCGCGCAUGCUGAAGGAGGUUGGCACAUGGUUGUACCGGCAGGAGACCGUCGACGCGUUCCGUGCGUGGUGCAGAGCCAACCACGUGCGCGGACACAACAACGUGAAGGUGGUGUCGUCGAUGCACUACGCCCGCUGCCUGCGAGCGGCGCAGCACCUGCGGCCCGGCCAGGCCAUCAUCACAUGCCCGCACAGCGCCUGCUUCAACUUUCUCGUCGUGGCGAGGGAGAUGUACAACCUCAACAGCGGCGCCGCGACGCACAACUUCCCACUGGAGGUGAACUGGAUGAACUACGACGAGCGCUGCAGCUUCCUGCGCGGCGCGUCGGUGGCGGAGAUGGUCAUGGCCGGCUGGAUGUGCCGCAUCGCGUCGCUGGAGGAGAGCCGCUUCACGCCGUACGUGCACUGGCUGCUCGAGGACACUCGUGGCCGCGACGGCAUCGCCAACGGUGUGUCGAAGGAGCGCGGCGACGCCAGCGGCCUCGUCGACCACUACUUCAGCGAGAUGGCCACCGACGCCUGCGAGGAGCCGGAGGUGUUCCUCGAGCACGUCUUCCGCAGCUUCGCCGCGCUGCACCUCCGCGCGGUGCCGAUCGAGGCGGACGCGAUCCGCCGCUUCAUCCCCGGCACGACCUUCUUCAAGGCGAAGGCGGACGACAUGUUCGUGCCGACGCUCAUGCCGCUCAUUGACGCGGUGCCGCAGGUGGAGGACGGCUCGCAUAACACCGUCGUGCAGUACUUCCCCUACAACGGCAGCAGCGAGCUGGCGCAGCAGUGCCGCGAGCUCUUCCUGCCGGAUGAGGCGGCACGCGCGAUGGACGCGCUGCAGCUGAAGGCGGACGGCUUCUUCGCACUGCGCGCACUCUGCCCGAUCGACGCGGGCGACCACCUGUACCUCCGCGGUGUGCCGAAGCUUGGCGACGCCGCGCAUGAAUCGAUGGCGGCACAGGUCAUGGAGGCAAACCGCCUGCUCAACAAUGACUGA